AUGAGGUCCUGGGCGUCUUUUCCAAAUGCGAAUUCGAAGGACAUUGAUACUGCUUACAAGAAGCAAGCGCUCAAAUACCACCCGGACAAGAUUGGGGAUGGAAAUGAGGAACUAUUUCAAAGAAUUCAAGAAGCGGGGGAGAUCCUUCGAGACCCCAGACGCCGCGAGCGUUAUGAUGUUGAGCUCAAAAACGACAGAGAAGCAAGCACAACACGUGCCCAUGCUCGUGAUCCCAGUCGACAUCAUAAUACAUAUGAUGCUUACGCCUAUUCCCAUGGGAAUAGCGUUCACAUGAGCCCUGACUCCUUUGAAUCAAGAGAAGAGAAAGCACGGCAUAUGAAUGACUUACCAGACUGGGAAAUGCAAUGGGCUGGAAUUGACCCAGAAGUUGAGAGGGCCAGAGAUGAGAUUGAAGAAAAUAAAUUGCGUACUCCAACGCCCUCGAAUAUAAACCGAAAAGUCGCGGAAGGAAAGGACCUGCCUUUUGGCAUCGAGUCCAUAAGUCCUGAUGCGUACAUUGCUGAACUUGGUAUGGAAGCGCAAUAUGCGACAACGAAUCUCCCUUCGAAGCCUCCCAAUGAGCUUUUACAGAUCUUGCAGCCUUUUGUCGACGCCAAGCUAGAAUGUGGCAAAGGCAGAUACACCAAGGAGGAUCUCCUAGGCGAGCUUCAGGGUGCAGUCCGCGAUGCUACGCCAUUACAUCAUGUCAGAAAAUCGGCUUCCCUUGGUAGCCUAUGCUCGCACUCUGGCUCCUGGAACAAGAGCUAUGGCCAGCUUGAGUGCAAGAAAUGUCACCUAUGGAGGCCAUUUUACAACCAGAUUUGCUCAGAAUGUGGAGACGUCUCCUUUGACCUUUCUCGAAGGGAAUGGGAAGGCGAUCAGAGGACUUGCCAGAAUGAGGAUGAUCUCACAUCUAGUCAAGACCCCAAAUAA